GACAACUAAAGUUGUUUGGUGAAUACAUAACUUGUCAUCACUUUCUUGACAUUUUAAGGCAUCAAAUUCAUCCUCCAAUUAUAAUUAGGGACAUAAAUAAGCAAAAUGCCACCCAUUACCGAAGAACAAAAAAAUCAGGACGUUCAAGACAUCAUUCAAGAUGGAUUUAAAGGAGCUGCCACGACAUGUGCUCUUACUUCUCUAGCUGUGUUUGCUGCUGCUCGCUAUUGUCCAUGGGCUAAGGCAAAUAUAAAUUAUGCUGGUAAAACAUUCAUCAUAUCUGCAUUGACUGCAGCUUCUUUUGCCUUCAGCGCUGAACAGUCUAUGGUAAAGAAGCACCGUGGAAAAUUUUGAGAAAUUAAACAAAUCUUAAUUAGAUAAUAAUCUGCUGGUGUUUCCCCUUACGUUUUGUAAAUUUUCUGUAGUUUAAGGAGAUGCCUAAGCUGUCCUUUUUCAUUUCUUUAUAAUUUUGUGCUCUACUCAUAUAUUGAUUAUAGUAGA